AUGAGGAAGGAGACCCCGCCCCCCCUCGUGCCCCCGGAGGAUCGCGAGUGGAACCUUCCCCCUAAUGCACCCGCCUGCAUGGAGCGGCAGUUGGAGGCUGCGCGGUACCGGUCGGAUGGGGCGCUCCUGCUCGGGGCUUCCAGCCUGAGUGGCCGCUGCUGGGCUGGCUCCCUCUGGCUUUUCAAGGACCCUUGUGCCGCCCCCAACGAAGGCUUCUGCUCCGCUGGAGUCCAGACGGAGGCCGGAGUAGCUGACCUCACUUGGGUCGGGGACAGAGGUAUCCUAGUGGCUUCCGAUUCAGGUGCUGUGGAAUUGUGGGAGCUGGACGACAAUGAGACGCUCAUUGUCAGCAAGUUCUGCAAGUAUGAGCACGAUGACAUAGUGUGUACAGUCGGGGUCCUGCGCUCCGGCACGCAGGCUGUCAGCGGGAGCAAAGACUUCUGCAUCAAGGUCUGGGACCUCACUCAGCAGAUGGUACUGAAUUCAUACCGGGCUCACUCCGGGCAGGUCACCUGCGUUGCUGCCUCUCCUCACCAGGAUUCCAUGUUUCUUUCGUGCGGUGAGGACAGUAGAAUUUUACUCUGGGAUACCCGCUGCCCCAAGCCAGCGUCACAGAUGGGCUGCAGUGCCUCGGGCUACCUUCCUACCUCACUAGUGUGGCAUCCUCAGCAGAGCAAAGUCUUUGUCUUGGGCGAUGAGAACGGCACUGUCUCCCUGGUGGACACCAAGAGUGCAAGCUGUGUCCUCAGCUCCGCUGUGCACUCCCAGUGCGUCACGGGGCUGGUGUUCUCCCCGCACAGCGCUCCCCUGCUGGCCUCCGUCAGCGAAGACUGCUCCCUGGCUGUGCUGGACUCGAGCCUGUCCAACGUGUUCAGAAGCCGAGCCCACAGAGACUUUGUGAGGGAUGCUACAUGGUCUCCGCUCAACCCCUCCCUCCUCACCACCGUGGGCUGGGACCACCAGGUCAUCCACCACCUGCUGUCCACAGAACCGCUCCCAGCCCCUGCGCCUAACAGUGUUGCCAAGUAG